AUGUCAGCUUCCGAAAAGCUGCCUAUCUACUUUCCUUUCCCCGAAAGCUUCGCCCGAAACAUCUCUACAGAAGUCCGGUCAAUAGCCGCCGGCCUCGGAACAGAAGGUCUACAAGAUCACGCCGACAAAAUCGCGGCCGGUUUCAAAAACGUGGGCGAUGGCAUGGACAGCGCCGGGCGGAGUAUCAAGACCGGCUUGAUCAUCGUCGGGGUCGGGAUCGGGAUCGGGUUGACGGUCAUGGGCGCUGGGAUCGUGUUGCAGGCGAUGAAUGAUCGAAGGUGGGCAGAUGAGAGGUGGGCGAGGAAGACGAGGAGGAGGAGAAGGAGGGUGGAAUCUGAGGAUGAGAUUGGAAGUGAUGAUUGUGAGGAGGAGAACGAGGACGACGGUACGGGAGUGAAAGGGAGGAGGAGGAAUCAAGUUUAG